GUGAGGCCUCCAGGAAAUAGUUCUGUGAUUUCGGCGUCUCUAGGGAAGUCACCUGGGGCUAUCAAGACCAAGCCUGACGUGGCGGUUAAUCCAGACCACCUGACGGAUUUUCUGGAAGUUGAGAGGAGGAUACGGGAACGAGUGGCGUUGCUGAACAAGGUGUGUGAAGCACUGCCGAAGCGGAGCAAAGUUGCGGCCAAAGCGACAGAGGAGAGAGUGAACAUACGGACGGAGGUGCUGGAGGAACAUAAGCUCAUGGUGUGUGUGGUGCUGAAGGCUGGCUCCACCGCUUGGAACGCCCUAUUGGCCGCCCGCUACAACAAGACAGACAUGUUGGUCACCAGAUUGUGUUAUAAGAUGAUUAAGGAGUUGAUGCCUUCACCGUCCAGAUUCACAGAAGUGGCGAAGUCGAAUGAAUUCAGUCGGAUUUUAGUGGUUCGACACCCCUUAGAACGGCUUGUCUCUGCCUACAGGAACCGCUUAGCUGACCCGGAUAUUAUUGGCUAUCAGUCCCAAACAUAUGUCCCUCUUAUACUGGCAUAUACCCGAGGCCGUAGCUACUCUCAUAAAGAAAUCUUCAACGUUGCUGGGAGGAUUCAAGUAAUACCGACCUUCAAGGAAUUCGUCAGUUUCUUGGUCGAGGAGGAAAUCCAGGAAUACGACGACCACUGGACACCCAUUAGUUACACUUGUGGUCUCUGCUACAUUAACUACACUGCUAUAAUACACACUGAGACAUACCAAGAUGACAUUCGCUAUAUUAUGAGAAUAAGCGGACUGGACACCAAAGUCAACCCGGAAUUAAUGAACAACUACACCAACAAAGCCAAUGGCCACGAUACCCAGGACGUAUUGGUGUCUUAUUAUAAACAACUUGAACCCAUCUUACUAAGGAGGAUCAUUGAGAAAUUCAAGUUGGAUUUCUUACUAUUUGGUUACGAUCCUAAUCCAUUGGUACAGAAGAUUUAUCCUAAUAUGAGGGUUUACCUGACACCUUGAUUGUCUUGAUUAUCUUUGUUUGUGUUUGUGUUUACGUUUUUUUUGGGGGGUAUUUAUGUUGGGUUGUUUACGAAUGCAUUGUGUGUUUUUUUUUGGAAGGGGGAGGUGGAGGGGGUAAGUGUGUGAUUCUUCCUUGAUUAGUUAAUAUUUUGUUAUUAUUAUUAUGUGAAGUAAUGAAACAACCAAAGAGUAUUUUAAUGUUUUAUUUUUCUCUUGAUAAACUAACAUAGAGAGAGAAAUAAUAUGUAAAAACAACUUAACCUUCCUUCUUUGUCUUUCUCUCCUUCACCCCAAUGCCGUCCUUCUCUCCCUUCCCCCCUCAACUCUACCCUUCCCCCCCCCCACCUCACCCCUC